AUGCUUAUCCCAGUAAAUAAACAAAUAUUGGCAAUGAACAAACAUGUAGAGACGUUAUUGGCAUCUAUGGCUGAGAAUGCUCGUAGUCAAGCAGAAAUACAGCAAGAUAUACCUACCUAUAGCAAUCAGGACACUCAAAAGUUGGUGAGAGCUGUUGUGAAUGGAGAAGGACUGCGUCCAAGAGUAAUAUCCAAGAUUUAA